UCGACGCUCCAUUAACAGGGGGCCAGUUGGAGGGAAACCCAUCUCACCGUCCAUUCAGCAUCCAACGGCGCAGAUUCCUUUCCCUCAAUCCCACCCCACUUCAUCCAAUAAAGACUCAAUUUUUAUUUCUUUUCUUUUCUCUCUUCACAAUUAAAACUCACAAAUUGAGGCUCAACUCUCACAAAAGAGAGAGAUUAUAAUACAGAGAGAGAAACAAAGAAGAAGAAGAAGAAAAGACAUUGUUGUUAUUACACAGCAAAAUUGCAAGAAAAUUUUCAUUUCAUUGUAAGAGAGGAAGAUAAUAAAUCUGCAGCAGUGACACAAUCUAACCCUUUUUGACAUAGUUUUUUUGUGUACCAAGAAACAGAUGGAUGCUGUGUUUUGAACAAGAAAGGCUCUCUCUCAUUCUUCUUGUUAAACUUGGGUUGAAUCUCAAUUGGAACUGUAAUUUUUCACAGAUCUUGAGAUUUCUUCAUCAUGGAUAAGUUGCAGUGGGGUAAUAGAAAGAGGCUGAGGUGUGUGAAAGUAAAAGACUCAUCUUUGAACGGAAAAUCAGACGGCGGCGGCGGUAGUGGUGGUGGUGGUGGUGUGGUGAAGAAGAAAAUUACUUCAAGAGUUGUGGAUAAUAAUAACAAUGUUAAUCAUAACAGUAAAGAUGUUGGGCAUUCUCUUCCUCCGGUUCCAUCUCCUCUUCGUCCUCAUCGGGAAUCGGGAAUGAGUAGAUCUAUUUUAAACGACAGUCGAAAAGCAUCGACUUCCUUAUCGCCGGAGAAGGAAGACAGGUAUUAUACAACGAGGGGGUCCGGUGGAUUCGAUGAUAGUAGUAGCAAGGCCUUGUUUGCCAAUCCAAAGGAGGAAAAUCGAAAAGUCGUUUGGCCGAAGUUGCUUAUUUCGCUAUCGAGUAAAGAAAAAGAGGAAGAUUUUAUGGCUAUGAAAGGUUGUAAACCGCCUCAAAGGCCCAAGAAACGAGCCAAGUUGGUCCAAAGAACCAUUUUGUUGGUUAGUCCCGGGGCAUGGUUAUCGGAUUUGUGCCAAGAGAGGUACGAAGUAAGAGAGAAGAAAACUUCUAAGAAGAAACCGAGAGGAUUGAAAGCAAUGGGGAGCAUCGAAAGUGAUUCGGAAUAACGGGUUUUCUGUGAGGAAAAAAAGAACAAAUUUUUCUUCUUAUUUUCUUGGUUUCAUUUUUGGAAUAUGCAGUCGUGUAGAAAUCGGAGAGGUUGUAAUUUUAGCAUAGUGCAGGGGUGUUAUAGCAAUGUAGUGAAGUUUUUCACCACCAUUCCUGUUAUGCGUAUACUCCCAUUCGUCGGGUUGUAGCUCUACUCUGAACUGCUCGUGCAAUUUGCACAGAGCCCCCCCUUAUUCGUAAAAAAAUUGCUUUUUAGUACUUUUAAUUAUACUUAUUUUCUUGA